AUGUAGUUGUGGGAUCAUGGCCACUUCCAAACUGGAUGCAUACAGUGGAGGCCUGUAUGAAGAAUUCAGCAUCUUGCCUAUAAUAAACCAUAUCGUCUCUGUUGCUGGUUGGGGGGUAGAAAAUGGGACAGAGUAUUGGAUUGUCCGGAACUCUUGGGGAGAUCCCUGGGGAGAACGUGGCUGGCUUCGGAUCGUGACCAGUGCAUAUAAAGAUGGAAAAGGAAGAUACUACAAUUUGGCUUUGGAAGAGGAGUGUGCUUAUGGAGACCCAAUACUCACCUGAAUUUGCCACUGCACUUUCUUUGACGGGUGCUUUUGGAGAUUUUGAUAUAAAGGAAGAUAUCCUGCAAGAUGCACUAUUCUUAAGAAAGAGGCCGUGCUAUGCAGUAGCAUUUGAAAUAUUGAUGAAGUAUUACUUUAAUUCAGUAUUUCUUUUUAAAUGAUGAAUAAAGGUAAAAGCUUCUCCUGUCCAGUUGUGUUGGACUCUA